AUGGACUUAACUAAAUAUUGUAGAUCACCAGUACCAAAUGCUCGCAGUAAAUUUAAGGUACUACCGUUAUGUAUAGUACUAUUUUAUGGAAUAUGUUUAGAAUAUACACUGGCGUCGCCCAAUUUAACAAAGUAUAAUAUUUCAAGACCAAACAACGAAGAUUUGACAUACAGAAAAGAGAUACCUACGAGUGAAUUAUUUCACUGGGAGGAUUACAGCGUGCUGGCCACUAUGCUUGUAGUUUCUUGCGCUAUCGGCGUUUUUUAUGGAUACUUUGGGGAGAAACAGACAACUGGUGACGAUUUUCUUCUAGGCGGCUCUUCAAUGGGCACUUUUCCUAUGGCCCUGAGUCUGGCUGCAAGUUUCAUCACAGCAAUUGAACUUUUAGGCAACCCGGCCGAAAUGUACAUGGCAGGUGCACAGUUCUGGAUGAUCUGUAUAGCUUUUGUAUUGGUAGUGCCGAUAGCAAGCCAACUUUAUUUGCCAGUGUUUAUGAGGCUGAGAUUAACAUCCUGUUAUGAAUAUUUGGAAAUUCGAUUUUGUAAAUCCAUUCGUGUUUACGCAAGCGCGCUGUAUAUGAUGCAGAUGAUAUUAUACACCGCAGUGGCAGUUUAUGCGCCUGCAUUGGCGCUUUCUGAUGUGACGGGUUUAAAUACUUAUCUAGCGGUUUCAUUGGUAUACGUAGUAUGCAUUUUCUACGCAUCACAGGGCGGUAUGAAAGCAGUUAUAAUGACGGAUAGUUUUCAAUCGGUUGUGCUUUUGGGUUCUCUAGCGGCAGUUUUGGCCCUAGGGGCCGGAAAAGCAGGCGGACUUGACCCAGUUUGGGAUUACGCAAGGCGUACGGACCGACUUCACUUUUUCGAUAUGAAUCCAGAUCCUACAGUCCGUCAUUCCUUCUGGUCGGUGGUUGUAGGCGGAACCAUGUAUUGGCUUAGCAUGUUUUGCGCGAACCAAGCAUCUGUGCAAAAGUACUUAUCCGUGGAGUGUAUUGCACAGGCCCGGGUAGCGCUAUGGGUUUCCGCCGUAGGCCUUAUUACCGUUUAUUCGGUCAAUUUCGCCACCGGUGCUGUCCUCGCAGCACAUUAUGCCGAUUGCGAUCCCAUUCAGGCAGGCACAAUCCAUGCGUCGGACCGACUUCUUCCGCUUUACGUGGUGCGUGAACUGGGAGCUGCGCGAGGUGUUCCAGGCUUUUUUGUUGCUGGGAUUUUCGCCGCAAGCCUUGGGACAGUUGCUUCAGCUUUGAACUCAUUGGCUGCUAUAACAUGUCAAGACUUAUUAACGGGCCUUCUCGGAAUAGCACUACCGGAGAAUAAAGGAGCAGCUAUAGCUAAAUGGGUAUGCUUGGCGUUCGGAGCAAUUUCAUUUGGUCUGGUGUUCGUUGUCGAGCGCCUCGGCCCGGUACUGCAGCUUGCACUCUCCUUUAACGGCAUGGCGGGCGGCGUAUCAUUGGGACUUUUCAGCCUUGGAAUGCUCUUCCCAUGGAGCAACGCUAAAGGCGCUGUUACGGGUGGAGUAUUCGGUUUGCUGGUAGUUGUGGCAGCUGGCGGUGGAGCUCAAUUCGUACAACUGCCGUUACCACGGCUGCCAGUCUCUACAGAUGGAUGCCCGGCUUCGUAUAACAUUACUUCACAUAUGGCCGUCAAUCCAAGAGAAAACGAAGGUGAAUCAAUUUUCUGGCUGUUUCGCGUAUCCUAUUUGUGGUAUACAGGAUUGGGUUGCUUAGCGACCCUACUGGCUGGACUGAUAACAUCCGUAAUCACCGGCGUCACAGAUCCAGCACAAGUACCGAUUGAUUUGAUAUCACCGCCAGUGAUCUCAUUACUCAAUUCAUUACCCACAAAGUUGAAAAAUGUGCUGCGUGUACCGACAAGAUUUGGCUCAGAGAGACGUCGAAGUUCAAGCGUACGUCCUCCAAGCGUUGCGAACGACAAGGAUACGCGACGGCGUCGGCGCCUUUCAGAACUCGCAGGCGGCGUAUUCUACAGUGAUACGCCGCUAACACAAGGCUUCGACAAUCCUGCUUUAGGUCUCGAGCCGGAAAAAUCACUACCCGAUGAUUGUACUACGUUCACAAUUGAAUUAUCUUCAAACACCCCACAGACAUCCACUUGUUGA